AUGUCCCAAUUCUUAACUUAUCGUAAAGAAAUUGAAAAGGCUAUUAUUCAAUGUGUUGAAUUAGCAGCAGAUUAUAGAAAAUCAAAUGAAACAAAGGAAGUUCCUUUUCAAAAUAUUCAAGAUUUAGUACAUCAGUACAUUAUGCCUUUAGGAGGAAAAGAAAAUAGAUUAAAUGUUUCUAUUCCAGAAGGCAGUAAACAAGAUUGGCGUAGAAAUGCAACAGAACUUGUAUUUCGCAGAACACUUUUUUUUAUUGUUAGACUCGAAGAGAAUGAAGAAAGAUACCAACAAAUAUUCGAUUGUCUUGACAUUGUUUUAUAUUGCUCAGGAAAUGACGUCGAUUUGAUUGAUAACGUUGUUCCUUUAACUUUACUCGAAGAAUUAUGCGAGGUCCAUACGACUAUUGGAUGUGAAAAAAUAUUUAAUUAUAUUGAACAUCGAAAAGAUAAAAUCACAGUUGAUAUGGUUCCUGGUAAAGGGAAAGGCCUUAUUCUUCUAAGAAUGUGUAAUGAAUUACUUCGCCGAUUAUCAAAAGAAACAAGUACAGUCUUUUGUGGUCGAAUCUUGAUGUUUUUAGCUAAUUCAUUCCCACUUGGUGAAAGAUCUGGUGUUAAUCUAAGAGGUGAUUUUAAUACAGACAUGGUCCACUACGAUACUCCUGAAGAAGUGGAUGCUGAUCCAACAAUGUCAGAUGAUCAAAAAGAAUUUUAUAAACUAUUUUGGUCUACUCGACAUUAUUUUGCGAACCCACCUACAAUAUUUGUAGAUGAUAAUUUCAAUAAAUUACAAAAUGGUACAAAUAAGAUUGUUGAACGGUUCAAGUUAAUAGCUGACAAAGAAGCAGAGAUAAGUGGAUCACGAAAAAAGAAUGAAGGUGUAGCAAUAAAGAGAGAUCGAGUUGAAUACGAAAGAAAUAUAUCUGAUAUUAGUGGAGACAAUGCAGAUGAUGCAGAAGAAAUGUUAGCUCUUAUUAAUCGUGAUUAUAAAUUCCCUCGACUAUUAAGCAGUAGAAAACUAUUAGGUUUAGAGUUAGAAGAUAUAAAGUUUAGACGUAGUGUCAUCGUUCAGUAUUUGAUUCUUUUCCAAUAUCUUCUUAGUUUCUCUGAAGAAGAAAGAGAGAAAACGAAAGAAAUGUUAGCAUUAGUUGGGACGACAAAGCAAUCACUUGUCCAACCUACAUUUACUUUAUCUGAAGAUCAAAUUAAAUGGAUUCAAGAUACUAAAGAAAUGUUUGUUAAGCUAUUAAGAUCUAUAAAGCCUCAUGGCAAUUCAUACACAGAUAUCAUUUUAUCUAUCUUGGAUCAUGAACGUCAUUGGAUCUUUUGGAAGACAUCAGGAUGUCCACCAUUUGAAAAGAAACCAGUUGAUAUAAAAGAAAUGGAAAAGAACUGGAGUAAUAAAAAGCGUAGAUUAGAAACACCACCCAAUAAGUUUCGCUUCUCUCAUGGAAGUCAUGAAGUAUCCAAAUUAUUUAAUACUAGUAAAGAAAAUACAAGUUUAUCAAAGUUUAUGUUAAAUCGACCCAAAUAUCCUUCAAGUGUUGAUGUCAUAGACAAAUCUAUUACUGAAUUAGAUGAUUCUCUUGAGCCUUCUCAAGAAAGAUUCAAUUAUGCUAGUGGUGCUACAUUACAAGCGACAAGAUUGAUGUAUAUUAAACGACCUACAUUUAUUCGACAUAUUUAUACAGUUAAAAAAGAAGUUUAUAAAGAAAUGCGCGAAAAAUUAAAUGAAGAUGCAGAGAUGGAAGAAAAAGGAGAAGAUAAAAAGACUUCAACAACGUCUAAUUUUGUAAUUGGAGCUGAAAAAACUGAAGAUCAUCACGUACUUGACGUACUCAUGUUACUGAUUCUUUACAUGUUUGUUUUGUUUGCGAAUGCAGUACGUUUUAGUACUACUAAAGAAAUGAAAAAAAUUAAUAUUUUUAAUCAUUGUCAACAUACACUUCAAAUUGGAUAUCAAAUGAAUUUAGAGCCAGAAGGGCGUACUAUUGAAUUAAAUGCAAAUAAGACAUAUCCACUCUUUGUCGAACCAACUUGGGCAGGUCGACUGUGGGCAAGAGAGAAUUGUGAUACACAUAAAUGUGAACUAGCGGGUGCAACUAAUCCAGCAUCAUUAGCAGAGUUCAGAUUUUCAUCUAUUACGACUACAAAUACUGACUCUAGUGAUAUCGAUUAUUAUGAUGUAUCAUUUGUUGAUGGCUAUAACUUCCCACUUAGUAUUCGACCGAGAAUCGUUUAUGGGCUCGAUCGUCUUGUCAAAUUAGAUAAUAAACAUUGUAGAAAGUCAGAAUGUCUCCAUUUACCAAAUUGUCCGUCUGAUUUACAAACAUUUGAUAAACUUGGAAAGUUUGUCGCCUGCGAGAGUGCUUGCUCAAGAUAUGGAACAGAUACAUAUUGCUGUACAGGUAGAUAUAAUACAUCUGCUACUUGUACAUCAAAUUAUUAUGCAAGACAAGUGAAAAAUAUGUGUCCAUUUACAUACAGUUAUGCCUUUGAUGAUGCAAAUAGUGUUUAUGCUUGCAAGACAAAUGAAUAUGAUGUUAUAUUCUGUCCUUAA